CGGAAGAAGUUGGGCUCGUUACCUGUGUCCUUGUGCGGCUUGUAUUUGGGAAGAACCAACCGGCAAGAUGUACAGGCACUUUCUGGCCUUGCGCCAGGUCUCCCGGCGUAUGAUCAGCAGUAGCGCUUGCAGGCAGGUGGAGAACAAGGUGCCCGAGAAGCAGAAGCUGUUCCAGGAAGACAAUGGGAUGCCAGUGCACUUAAAAGGUGGUGUCAGUGAUGCCCUCCUUUACAGGUUAACGAUGGCCCUGACUGUCUUAGGAACUGGAUAUGUUUUAUAUGAACUGUAUAGCGCAGCAGUCCCCAAGAAGAAAGAGUGAAAUCCUGCAUAUACCACCUGUAUCCCUGUUUAAAUAACCUUUUUCAAUUGUAAAGAAGAAUAUAUGUAUACAAUCAGGGAGUUUAUUUGUCCUGUCAUGAUGAAAAUUUGUUGAUGUGAAUGGGAUCAGUAUUUAUUGAUUGUACAGACCUGUGGGCAAUAAAAGCAACUGCACAUUAUUAUUUUUGUUGUUAUAUGUUACAUCUAAUAGCAGAAAUCUUUUGUGGAUUUCAUCAGCUCUCCCCUGCUGAAGGUUGUGAUAAUAACCUUUAAAACCUGCAAUGAUAACAUUUGUGAGUCAGCUGACUCCAUGUAACAGUCAUUGGAUACCAACGUCCUUUAUAUAAGGGAGUCCUAUGUUGCCAAACAAAAUUCUGCAGCCGCUCUUCCAUUGAGAUUUAGUCGAAGUAUCACCCGUAGUAUAAUGCUGUGGGUCAUGAUGACUUUGAAUAAAGGUACGAGGGACUGAGAAAAAUACUGUGCUUCGUUUUAGCGUCAUCUUCAGCGCCUAAGAAGCUUACAGAUUUGAGUGAAGUGUUAAAAACACGAACAAACACGGUGUGACCGCACAUAAUGGUAUAACCAGAGCAGCAGCUACUCCAUGGCAGCGCAGUCCCAUUGCCGAGUACAGCUGUUAGAUUAUGAAUUACAUCCUGAGUGUACCUAGCCGUUGACUUUUGUCAAAUAAUAAUAAUAAAAAAAGUGUAAUCUACCAUACUGGGCGUGGCCUAACAAACCCCCCCCCCCCCAAAGCCUGUGGGGAUUUACUGAGCGUGCGUAGUAAAAAUGGCAAACUUCACUGCGGUUGGAUACGAUGAAAUGUAAAACCAAUAAGUACAUGUGAAAAGAUGCGAGAAUCUAAAUACGGCUGUGGGAAGAAAUCAAAUGUGCUGUAUUUCCAAUAAAUGACUGCAAUGAC